UUGGGCAAACGCCAUGAAUAGCUACCCAAUCGGAGAGCCACAAUAAGGUCAUAUGGCCGAUAGACGUCCCACUUGGCAUUCUGUUUAGUUUCAUAGUAGGCCUAACUGUCCUAGCGUCGCAGAAAGGAGUUGACCAGGACAGGCAGAAGUGGUAGUCUGGGAUUACCAAUUUGUAUAUUUUUCUAUUCCAUUUUUGCCCGUUACAAUCUGUGGAGAUGUUUAACAGUCUUCUAAGGGAAUUCGAGGAGGAUUCAUUCUUUGCUGAUCCCUUCCAGGCACACAAUGAGCGCGUGCGACAGAUGAUGCGCAGCUUCUCCGACCCGUUCGGCCACGGCCUGAUGCCCAGCCUGACGGACGGGAGGAGCCGCGUCCCCACGCAGACGCAGCCGCAGCCCAACGGAGCUCUGCAGGAGAACCAGAACCCCAGGGGCAGGAGCAACUCGCUGGUCCCCUUCGGCUUCGGGGAUCACAUGGGUAUGGAUCUGAGGAACCCCUUCAGUAUGAUGGACAACAUGAUGAUGGGCAUGCGAGGGCGGAUGGACGAUAUGCACAGGAACUUUGAGAACCUGUCGACAGACUCCAACACCCACUCGUUCAGCUCCUCCUCCAUCUCCACCUACUCCAAAGUGGGCAACGAGCCGCCCAAGGUGUUCCAGGCCCACAGCCAGACACGACGAGCGCCUGGAGGGGUCAGUGAGACGCGGCGCAGCCUGAAGGACUCGGACAGCGGCGUGGAGAAGAUGUCCAUCGGCCACCACAUCCAGGACCGCGGCCACGUCAUCGAGAAGAAACGCAACCACAAGACCGGCGAGCGAGAGUUCAACCAGGACUUCCAGAACAUGGACGAGUCUGAGGCGGAGGAGUUUGACGAGGAGUGGCAGAAGGAGGUGUCGAAGUUCGAGCCCGUGGCGCCCCUGGCCAGAAUCGAGGCGUCCAAACCCAGAGCCCGCACCGUUCACCGAGCUGCCAUCGCCGCCCCCGACAACGCCAGGUUAAGCCCCAAAGUGGAGGGGAAGAAGACCCACAUCCACGAGAUCAAAGUGCAGCGGCCUGGUGUGCAGGAGCCCUGAGCGCCAAUAAAACACUUGUGUGAUCGGUAGCAGCAAUCCUCUGGUGCUUCUGUGUCUCGUGUGCCUGACUCCCCCCAAAGCCCUCUCCUCUGGCGUCCACACACUUACACACGUCACACACACACACACACACACACACACACACACACACACACACACACACACACACACACAUGCACACGUCACACAUAAACACAUAUGCAGACUCACUCACACACAUGCAAACACACACACACACACACACACACACACACACACACACACACACACACACACACGUGGUUAUUGUGCUGCCAGCCAAUCUGUGGCCUGUGUGUAGAUGCUCUACUUACUCUCUUAAUCUCCACUCCAAGACUUUUAAUUUGACGAUUGAAGAUCCAUUUUUCCGUUGAUUCUCCAUUUUAACAACACAAAGAAGUGACCCAAAUCAGUCUGACUGGACCUCUGAGAGUUUCCAUUUGUAUUUGUGUGCACAAUGUAGCUCUAAUAGCGAAGUGAAAAACCACUGUAGGCGAACUACCAGCAAAGAAAUCUCACUUUGUUGAUCCGAGACCAUAUUCGUCCAGUCGAGCGCACACUUUUGUGAUUUUUACACAACUGGAUUGGAGCAUUGUAUUUUUUAUUAAAAGAAAAAAGGAAGAUGCUUAUUUAUAUACGUUGUUGUUUGUUCAAAGAUGCACUUAGAAAAGAUUAUUAUUCUGAAUGUAAGUACAGUUUAUGAUUGUGAAGAGUCUGUUCUGCGGAGUGUGAUUCUUGCUGUAAUGUUUAUAAGAAAAUGUCCCUCGGAAAUACCCUUUUUAUAUUAUAAUAAUGUCAGUGUUGCUCAUUUCCAUCUGGUUAUGUGAUGGCUGCAGUCAUUUAUGUUGAUGGCUAGCUAUGAUAUUUUAGAUUUGAUUGCUAUGAUAUUUUAUUUUCAUGGCUAUCUAUAUUUUAUGUUGAUGGCUAGCUAUGAUAUUUAAUGUUGAUGGCUAUGAUAUUUAAUGUUGAUGGCUAGCUAUGACAUUUUAUGUUGAUGGCUAGCUAUGAUAUUUCAUGUUGAUGGCUAGCUGUGAUAUUUUAUGUGGAUGGCUAGCUAUGAUAUUUAAUGUUAAUGGCUAUGGCAUUUUAUGUUGCUGUACUGUAUGUAUGCGAGUUAAAGCGAGUACCCUCAUAGUUGCUGCCGCUGGUGCAGACCUGCCCCAAACUGGUGCGGAUCCGUGCCGGUUCGGUGCGAUGCCGGGGCCAGAUCUGGGCCAUAGUCAGCUGCUCUCUGGAUGCAGGUUCUCUGUGGGGGUCGUCAGCUAUGGUCCUGAUGUACCCA